AUGAAAAUAGCACAAGAACGCAUGAAAAUGCGUUGCCUUAAUUUUGAAGAAUUAUGCAGGGCAAACAAAGGUUCAAAUACCGUGGAUGGCUCGCUUGUUUAUAAAAACAUGGUCGUUGACCAUGAGCCAUGCCAAGCGGAUUGGAAAGGAAGAGGAAUUCCAACACUGCCAGAUGGGGUUUACCUCACCUUUGACACCCCUGGUGCCCAUUUAGUCAUCGAAAGCAUCAUGUGCUGGUGGCUGGGCCGUAAAUUAAAUGGUCUGACAUCAUGCAACGCUGAGCGUGAUCAGAAUGAGUCUUAA